GCAAGGCGUGGCAACUGGAGCACAAAUUGCGUGAGCCUCCAUAGACGAAGCUCCGGCCGAGCUACUGAGCGAGAGAGCGAGGGACUGGGUGAGGCUUCGAAGCUCGGGGGAAUUGGAUGUGAGAACGAGGUGGAGAAAGCGAGCAAGAGAGAUUUCUUGGUGGUGCAACCAGAAGCGAGAUCGAAGUGAGAGACCAACCUGAAUUGGAGAAAUGGGGGAAGGGUCGCCGUUCAAGGAUACAGUGCUCAAAGGUAAGGUGGCACUGAUCACAGGCGGAGGAUCCGGGAUAGGGUUAGAAAUCUCCACCCAGUUCGGACUCCAUGGCGCCAGUGUGGCGAUCAUGGGCCGGCGGAGACAUGUACUUGACGAAGCUGUAGCGUCGCUCCAGAGUCUCGGCAUUCAGGCCAUGGCCUUGGAGGGAGAUGUGCGCAAGAAGGAAGAUGCUCGCCGGGUUGUCGAGACGGUAGUGAAUGCAAUGGGCAGACUUGAUAUUCUCGUGAAUGGCGCCGCUGGCAAUUUUCUUGUUGCUCCUGAGGACCUUUCUCCCAAUGGCUUCAAGACGGUGACAAUCUGCGCAGUUAUGGACAUCGACACGCUUGGAACUUUCACGAUGUGCCAUGCUGCCGUGGAAUACCUGAAGAAGGGAGGCAAAGGAAAGGACCCUGCCGAAAUCGGUGGACUUAUCAUCAGCAUAAGUGCCCUUCUGCAUUACGGAGCAAAUUGGUAUCAAAUCCAUGUUGCCGCUGCGAAGGCAGCAGUCGAUAGUCUUACGAGAAGCUUAGCUUUGGAGUGGGGUACAGAUUAUAACAUCCGGUGCAAUGCUAUUGCUCCAGGUCCAAUAGCUGACACUCCAGGCAUGGAUAAACUAAAUCCAAAAGAAUCCGAACUUUCAGCUGAACAAUUGGGAAUCCCCCUUCGAAGAGUUGGCGAAAAGUGGGACAUUGCCAUGUCUGCUGUUUAUCUUGCAGCUGAGACAGGUAAAUACGUGAAUGGCCAUGUCCUGGUGGUAGAUGGUGGCUCAUGGUUGGCCAAACCUCGCCCCAUUUCCAAAGGGCAAUUGCGCCAAUUUGGUCGUGCAAUUGAACAGAGAUCGAGGACAACAAAGCUGCCGAGCAGCAAGCUGUAAGGUUUUUGUUUUAUUUCUUCUUCAGCUUUCCUACUUCUUAGCUUCUGAUGCGAAGUGGCCCAAGUCAGUUCAAGCUUCUGGAGAUUAGCGAAAUAUAAGAACACAUACAAUCGCAGAUCCUGUUCAUCAGCCUCAUGUUAUCCAUGAAAAGAUAUAUUUUACUUAUAUUCUUUAUUUUAGUUUUUUUUUAGAGAUGGAGCUUUUUGUUGAAUAGGAUAAGAUCACAGCAUAAUGCAAUGAACUAAAAGAUUCUAUUUCUAUGAAAUUAGGGCAAUCUCACUGAAAAAUUUAGCCAUAUAUAGAAGAAAUAUGACAUUAUGUGUUCUAUUGAUAUAAUACAAGUGCAUGAAUUACAUGUUGAAAAUCCGCAUU